AUGGCUCCCAGAAAGCCGAGGACUCCAACUGACUAUGGCAAUCCGGAGAAUGCGCCCGACUUCGACUACGCCAAGGUCCAGAAGCGCGUGCAGGCCUUUCUCCUGAACCGGCGAAAUAACCGUCUUGGAGGUUAUGGUCUUACAGAAUGGAAGCUUCAGAUCAGACGUUUGCGGUCUGCCAUAACGACCGUGCACGCCGCACUGGUGGAGCAGCCUGACAUGAGUCGGAGACGCUUUGGUUGGGCUUGGGGGUUGUUGAGGCAGCAGAUAACUGAGCUUGCCUCUGGAAAGCACUUUCCACAAGGGCCUAUUCGAGACUGGGUUCGGCAGGUGACCGCCGCGGCGAGGGCCGACAAUGAAGAGGCCGAGAAGAAGCGCAAGAAAGGGAAGAAGGAUGCUCCAAACGCCCUGCGACGUGUGCGCGAGUUCAUCACGGACAACAGCUGGCCGGUCGAUCAAGUCGUACCGCCGAAAGAAUUGGGGAAAGGUCUCGGCCCUUUGCAAUGGUGGCGCCCAUUUGGCAUGGGCCGUCAAAUCACGGCCGACAACGUCGGUCACUGGAACACGAAUCGCCGUAAAUACAACCAACGCCAGAGGAAGGCUGGUCUGCCUGAGGAUUCCGAUACGCCCAUGGAGGACGUAGCCUCGGACGAUUGUAGAGAGGAUCACAAGGCGAAGGCGGCAAAGAAGCACGCUGCGCGCAAGAGUGCGGGCGUUAAGAGGAAGGAUGGCGACUCGGAUGAUGACGAUGACGAAGGCGAAGACGACAAAGAGGAUGACGACGAAGAGGACGAAGAGGAGGACAACGAAGAGGAGGAUGAGGAGGAAGGCCAGGAGGAUGAGGGAGAGUCGGAACGGGACGAGGGAGACGAGGAUAAAGGGCAGGCGUCGGGCGCGCAGAAGAGGAAGAGUGCGAGGCGGAAGGAGGAGGACAUCGAGGAGGGGAACGAGGUUGCUGGGAAGAAGGUUGCGAAGCGCAAGCAGCCGGACGUCCAAGUCCGCGAUGCGGACAGGGGGAGGCCGUCGGCCACUCAGAAGAAGACGGCUGCGAAGCGCAAGCAGGAGGAGGGCCAGGAGGAUCAGGAGGAUGCGCGGAAGACGUCGGCCACGCAGAGGAAGAAGGAUUCGAAACGGAAACAGCAGGACGUUUCGGAGGACGAGGAGGAUGCAGGCAACAGGAGGAGCAGCGCGAAGCGGCGUAGACACAGAAGCGAUGAUGAAGACGGUACCGAUGACGCAAGUGCGAAGACAAGAGCCGCUCAGAAGAAGGGUGAGAAGGUGCAGGCAAGGAGGAAUGCCGAAGAGGACGGCAGCGGGACAGACGGUGCUAUCGUAGGAACGACUGGCGGGAAAAGGGCCUCCGGGAAGAAGCCCGUGAACAAGCAGAAGCCCGCGGAGGAAGCAGGCGGGAAGACGCGAAGCACCUCGAAAGGCGGGAGGAACAAUGCGGUCGGGAACGAGGAGGAACAGGACGAAGGCACCGACGGCGACGCCGAGACCGAGGAGGCGGAUGCGACUGUCAGGAAAGCAGCGCUGAAGCGGAAGAGCAAGGGGAAUGGUAACCACGAGGAUGAUGAUCUGCCGCACGCCGGCCCGACUAAGAAGAGGGCGCAGUCGAAAAAGGCGACAAGCUCAUCGAGAGGUGACUCCGCCGAACUCGACCAGCCCUCGCAAAGGCAGUACCGUCCUCUGCUCCAUCACGGAAAGCCCGCAUCCCAAGCGGCUCGACAACGCGCAUCCUCUGCUCAGGUCGCUUCAGGAUCGUCACGCUCCGCCAAUCAGACAAGCGACGUACCGCAACAGCGACGCUCUACGACACAUGAUGUCGCGGAGGUGGUCGACGCAAGGAAGAAGCGGUCAAGACGCUCCGCGGCCCGCGACGCUGAGGAGAUGAUCCAUGGAGACGUCAACGACAGUGGACCGAACGCCGGUGAUAGCGCGAACGAUGAAGACUAUGUACAAAGUUCGACAGACGAAUCAGAUCCAGAUUCCGCACACGCACGCUCCUCGCGCCCGGGUGCUCAUAAACGUAGGGGCUCUACCAGGUCUCUCAGAGCCGAGCCGUCCAGCGAUGAGGUCGCCUCCGACGAGGAUCAGUUAGAUAGUGACACUGCUCGGGAUCCUCAGGCCGAGGUUCCGUCGCCCUCGCAGACUCGAAGACGGCGUGUAUCUGGAAAGGGGACGCCCGUGGCUGACAAGGUCACGAACGAUGAUAUCGCCGAUGCCGCGGACGAGGUCGAGGACUUCGACGAUGUCGCUCAGACGCUCAACGAUCAGGCGGCCUUGCCUGGCUCGACGAAGAGCCACGUGACUAGCUCUCCGCGGUCCUCCAUGACGCCGAGUCCUCCUGGGUCAAUCCCCCGGGCCGAGGACGCUCGGGCCACGAAAAACAAGUCCACGCCCUCGUCAAGAGCGACGCAAAACGCCAAGAAGAGUAAAGUGUCGUUUGUCACGCAGGAGUCUUCACGAGAAAGUCAGGGUAGUGCGCGGGCCACCCCUGUCGCGCCACCAUCUACCGCCCAGCAUCAAGUUGGAGACUCGAUGGAAGUCGAUCCAGAAGACGCGGGCAUUCGCGACGGGACGUCAAAGCAGUCGUAG